UAUCAGUCUCUCAAAACAAGCACAGAUCUUGAACCACACCAAGAAGGAAACAACACACAACAAAAUAAUAAAAAUAAUAAUAAAAAAGCAUUGAUUUUGAGAGACUGGAAUCAUGUGGGAAUCCAUUGUGUUAACGGUGGCUGCCACCGCCGGAAACAACAUCGGAAAAAUCCUUCAGAAGAAGGGCACCGUCAUUCUUCCUCCUCUCUCUUUGAAGCUCAAGGUGAUAAGGGCUUAUGCAUUUAACAAAAUCUGGGUUAUAGGUUUUCUAAUGGAUAUAGGUGGUGCAUUAUUGAUGUUAAGAGCAUUAUCUUUGGCCCCGGUAUCUGUGAUCCAACCGGUUUCGGGAGUCGGACUAGCAAUUCUUUCAAUCUUCUCUCAUUUUUAUCUGAAGGAAAUCAUGAAUGCUGUUGAUUGGGUUGGCAUUGCCUUGGCAGGUGUUGGCACAAUAGGAGUUGGUGCCGGAGGUGAAGAGCAAGAGGCGGCUACUCUGUCCAUUUUUCACAUACCAUGUCUGGCAUUUGUUGUUGCCAUCUUGUUUGUAUUGCUUAAUGGAGGGCUUAGAAUAUGCAGGCGUCAUCGAAGAGAACAAGAGAUGAUGGAAUACGAUGUUGUUGAGGAAAUUAUUUAUGGCUUGGAAUCUGGAAUUUUGUUUGGGAUGUCUUCGGUAAUUUCAAAGAUGGGAUUUCUGUUCCUAGAGCAAGGUUUUCACCAACUGUUGGUUCCUCUGUGCAUCAUAUUCAGUGUGUGUUGUAGUGGAACAGGGUUUUACUACCAGACACGGGGACUAAAGCACGGUAGGGCUAUUGUGGUUUCUACAUGUGCAGCCGUGGCAUCAAUUGUGAGCGGUGUACUAGCUGGAAUGCUUGCAUUGGGUGAAAGACUGCCUUCUGCCCCGAAAGCUCGCUUGGCACUUCUUCUUGGAUGGCUACUUAUAAUCACGGGUGUAAUUUUACUCGUUGGUUCGACGCGGCUAGUGAAAUUCCUCUCGUGUUCUUCAGGACGCACGAAAAGAAGCAAUGCUGAUAAGAGUUACGGCGCUAGAAGACCAAGUUCUUUGCGUAUAAGGGAACCGAAUCCAAGCACCGUGAUACCAGCCACGACGUUAAAUCAUCUGCUGCCAUCGGCUUCCAAAGAAAAAGCUUGAGUCAAGGUUAGCCGGAAAAGAAUGAAUGUUAUUUCAUCGAUUUGGCGAUUUGGCGAAUUUAGGGUUAAGGGUUGUAUACUGUAUAAUGAUCUAACAGUGUUGCUUUCAUCAGAAGGCAUGAAUGUUUUUAGGAUCAUUCCUUCUGGUUUCAAAUAUUUUGGAUUGAUUUAGACACCACCUUGUAAAAACUAUUAAUGUACUUUUAAGGAUUGUAUAUGAGAGUGCUGGUGACAAUGACAUAACACAUUUUAUUUAUUUUUGAUAUAACACAGAAUUUGUUUUAUU